UAUUUCGCAAGUUUUGUAAAGAUAAGCGAGUAAAACCGCAUUUUUCACACUUUCCUAUUGUUAAAGCUUUUCUUGUUAAAGCUUUCAUUCGUUCAGUUAUCGUUAAAACUGGUUCCCCGUCUCGCGUUGCAGAAUGUCCAAUCUAUCCGGUUGUUACACGUGUCUCAAUUGUAGCGUUCGCUUCCAGAAUGCGGAAAUGCAGCGGGAGCACUACAAAACGGACUGGCAUCGGUACAAUUUAAAGCGCAAGAUAGCGGAGCUUCCUCCGGUUAGUGUAGAGGAAUUCGAAAAACGGAUUAACCAGCAGAAGAGUGCCGACGCGGCGGCUCUCGAAGACCAAGCCCUUUACUGUAAAGCCUGCAAAAAGCUGUUCAAAUCGAAGAAUGCUCACGAUAAUCACCUGGACAGUCGUAAACAUAAGGAUAAUUUGAAGGAGUUUCUAACUCAGAACGCUGAUUCAGGAUUAAAUCAACAAGCGGAUGUUUCGGAGAAGUCCACCAGAGUAACAGCUGGAGAUGACCACCAGCAAAUGGAUGCAGAUGUCGAAGAAGUCGAUUCAGAUCAGUGGGACGAAGAUUGGGACAAUCCGAUUGAGAACAAUGAUUGUUUGUUUUGCCAGCAUCAUAGUGAGGAUUUGAUUAAGAACAUCAAGCACAUGGGAAUUGUACAUUCCUUUUUCAUACCCGAUGCUGAAUAUUGCAUUGAUGUGGAAGGUUUGCUGACGUAUUUGGCGGAGAAAAUCUGCCGAGAUUUUAUUUGUACUUGGUGCAACGAAAAAGGACGAACCUUCUACUCGUUGGACGCCGUUAGGAAUCACAUGGUAGAGAAGGGCCAUUGUAAGAUGCUGCACGAAGGGGCAGCUUUAGCGGAGUAUGUGGACUUUUAUGAUUAUAGUACUAGUUAUCCGGAUCAUAACGAACAAAUGGAUGUUGACGAAGAGCUAGAGCCGCCACAGACGCUCGAUGGCGACGAUUUUCAAAUGGUACUUCCAUCCGGCGCGGUCAUCGGACACCGUUCACUGCUCCGGUACUACAAGCAGCGCAUCAACCCGAGCCGAGCCGUGGUGGUGAAAAAAUCCAGCCAAAAGUUGCACAAAGUACUGGCUGAGUAUCGGGCUCUCGGCUGGACCUCGACUCAGCAGGAAGCCGCGGCUCGUAAUGCACGCGAUAUGCACGUCAUGAAACGACAGCAAGCCAAACUUAUUCAGCAAAUCGGCGUGAAGGCGAACAAAUUGCAGAAACACUUCCGGGUGCAGUGCAACUUCUAAAUGGUCACUUCAACGAUACUUAUGGUCAAUGUUAGGGGAAAUAUCAUAUUAUGCCAAUAAAGUUCUGAACCAUUGAAAGCAUUGUUACUUCUUCCGGCAUUUCGAUCUUACUAUGUUCGUACUAGGUACAGAUGUAAAUUCUCUUAUUUUUUAAUGUAAACUAAUGCAGUGUUAGCCGAUAUAUAAUUU